AUGCCAACCCCUAUUAUAAUCGGCGUAGCAAAUAUCAAAAACCGCACCGCCAAUGCCAAAGAGCCGGCCCAGUUGAUGCUCGAGGCCAUCCGCGAUGCCAUCCGCGAUGCCAUCCACGACGCGGGCCCUUCGGCAAAAGUCCUAACAUCCAGCAUUGACAGCCUCUCUGCCGUCCGCACCUGGACCUGGCCAUACGAUGAUCUGCCCACCCUGCUCGCUAAGCGACUCGGGGUCCAGCCAAAGCACACGCAUUAUCCGGAUUAUCACGGGGGUAAUCAACCCGCCAAAUUACUCGACGAGGCCGCGCUCCGGAUUGUAACUGGAAGGAGUAGGGUUGCUGUUAUCACCGGCGGGGAGGCACUGGAGUCGCUGAGCACAUGCAUGAAAAAUAAGUCGCCCCCGAAAUGGACACCCCCCUCGCAGGCCGUGGACAGCAUCUUCUCCCCGACAACAGCACGCGUGACUGAAGAUAACAUCGGUACUCGCCAUUCCGUCGGCGCCCCGAUUCACGUCUAUCCGUUGUAUGAGAAUGGAUUCCGGGCGUACCGGGGGCAGUCGAUCGCGGAUAACCAUGUUGAAUCGACCAAGCUGUACGCGCGGUUUAGCGAGGUGUCUGCUGAGCAUCCGUAUUCGUGGAAUUAUGGGAGGAAGGAUAGUGAGGAGGUUAUUGGGACUGUUUCCCCGAGAAAUCGGAUGAUUUGUUUUCCUUAUCCGCUGUUGAUGAACGCGUUUAAUACUGUCAAUCUGUCUGCUGCGUGUGUCCUCACUUCGGUCGAGUAUGCCCGCGAACUGGGAAUUCCGGAGAACAAAUGGAUAUAUCCUCGCGCCGGUGCUGGAUACCGCGAUGCUGAUCACUUCUGGAACCGUCCAAACUUCCACACCAGCCCGGCGAUCUCCAAGUCCUUGGACCACAGUCUUGCUUCGUCGGGGUUGACGGCAGCCGACAUCGACAUAUUCGACUUGUACUCGUGCUUCCCUAUCGUCCCGAAACUGGCCUGCCAUCAUCUCGGACUGCCAGUCGAUUCGCGCAAACCUAUUACCGUCCUUGGUGGAUUGACUUCGUUCGGUGGUGCUGGGAAUAACUAUUCCAUGCAUGCUAUCACCGAAAUAACCCGCCAACUGCGCUCUGGAAAAGGCCGGCAUGGUCUGGUCCUAGCUAACGGGGGUGUCCUCUCCUACCAACACGCCGUGUGUCUGUCGACUCUCCCUGGAGACGGCGCUUAUCCAAACGGUACUCGUGCCGUUGACGCCGACGCAACUCCAGCAGUAGACGAAACGGCCAGCGGAUCCGCCAUGAUCGAGACGUACACGGUCGAUUUCCACCGCGACAACACGCCGGCACGGGCGUAUAUCAUCGGUCGACUGGAGGAUGGACACCGCUUCGUAGCAAACCACGGCGACGGACAAACAUUGGCGCAAAUGGCAUCAUGGACAGAAGAACCAAUCGGCAGGACAGGAUUGGUGAAGACAGAGAACGGACGGAACUUAUUCUUUUUGCAGCGGGCCGCACUAUAG